AUGUUAUUACUCAAAUCAUCGGGGUUUUUGAUUCAUCUUCCUUCCUCUCACAGCAUCUCAACUAUCAAGAAUACUGUCGAUCAGUCUUCGAUCCAAGCCAUGCCAUCUGCUCAGGACACCAUGGAGCCAAUUCCGGCGAAAAGCAUCCAAGUGUGUAACUCUCAGAUCAACAAGAUCUUGUCCAACACUCUCUACCUUACCUUGAACGCACCAAAAGUAGAUGAAUAUCAUCGUGGCAUCUUUCUCACAUACGCUCCUCUGGUCGGUUCAUCUGAGCCUACGACGAGUGGUACACUCUUUCAUGCAACAUACAUCAAUUCCAACUGGGUGCUCGAAAGACGACCAGUAAAAGAUGUCUCCACCUCGUCAUCGCUCGUCCUCCUAUAUCGGGUGGCUACCAUUGACCUUGAACAAGAUUUCAACAAAAUCAGCAGCGUUCUCGAGCAGAUCCCACUUGGAAAGGAGAAGCGGGAGAAAGGACUUGGCAAGAAAACGCAAGGCAAUCCGAAACUUGGAGGCUACGAUUGUGUGAUUUGGACUGGGGAUGCGUUGAGAGCGCUGAGUGAUGAAGGACUGAUUGACCUGGGUGGCAAAGAUGCUGACGCUGUCAUGGCAGAAGCUCGAGCUUUGGCCGGGCCUGAAGAUGCCAAGGCAAUGGUUGGAAAGGACUUCGGUGGCCUGACAGUUAUCGAAUGA